UUAUUUCAUCUUGCUUCUGCAAAACGGGGGGUUGGAGAACGUUGUCCUGCGAAGUGAGGAAACACAAAGAGCAGGCCUCCGAAUGGGAAAUCUAUCCACAACGGUGAAACACUGCCUGAGCUAUGAGCAACUUAUCCAGGACUAUCCAUGGCUGAGACGUUGGCUGUUGGAGGAAGGAGAGACUGCUUCAGCGUAUCUGGAGAAUGUGAAAAUAGUCGAAGUUGGCCCCAGAGAUGGACUCCAAAAUGAAAAAGAAAUUGUUCCAACAGGCGUGAAAAUCCAGCUGAUAGACAUGCUCUCGGGAUCAGGCUUGCGUGUGAUCGAGGCCACCAGCUUUGUCUCCUCAAAGUGGGUGCCGCAGAUGGCCGACCACACUGAGGUUCUCAAGGGAAUCCACAAAGCACCUCAUGUUCAGUACCCUGUAUUGACACCCAACCUGCAAGGCUUUCAGGAGGCUGUUGCAGCCGGUGCUACUGAAGUGGCAGUAUUUGGCUCAGCGUCUGAAACCUUCAGCAUAAAAAACAUCAAUUGCUCUAUCGAUGAAAGCAUGCAGAGGUUUGACGAAGUCAUCAGGGGUGCAAAAGAGGAAAUGAUUCCAGUCCGCGGGUAUGUUUCCUGUGCCCUUGGAUGCCCCUAUGAAGGUCACGUUGAUCCUUGUAAAGUUGCCAAAGUGGCCAAGAAAUUAUAUGAGAUGGGAUGCUAUGAGGUCUCCCUGGGGGACACCAUAGGUGUGGGAACUCCAGGUUCCAUGUGCAAGAUGCUGCAGAGUGUGAUGAAGGAGGUUCCAGCCAGCGCUCUAGCAGUUCACUGUCAUGACACGUACGGCCAAGCAUUGCCAAACAUCCUCACUGCACUUCAGAUGGGAGUGCGCGUGGUGGACUCAGCAGUGGCCGGUCUGGGAGGUUGCCCGUAUGCUAAGGGUUCAUCUGGCAAUGUUUCAACAGAGGAUGUUCUCUACAUGCUCCAUGGCAUGGGCAUCCACACUGGGGUAAACCUGGCCAAAGUCUUGGAAGCGGGUGACUUCAUCUGCACCGCUCUAAAUCGCAAGACAAACUCCAAGGUUGCUCUAGCAAGACACACGAUGCCAUAAUCUUGUCUCUUCUACGUUUGAGUUGAUUUGAUAAUGAGGGCUUCGCCUAUUUUUUUCAUGUGUCUGCAUGGUUUGUAAUACAGGUUGGUCAUUUGGCAUUUAAACUAUAUUUAAUCUACAGUCUCGCUCUGCUAUUAGUACUGACUCAAUUGACUUGGGCACGCAAUAAUGGGUCUACAUUCUAAUAGGAAACUGCUUUGCAUACUGAAAUAAGCCAUAGAAGGAGGCAUACACAGUGGCCUUUUAGAGGCUCCAGUCAUCUUUCUAUUUUACAUCUCAUUUGCAUUCAUGUCAAGAAAAAACCCAGUAGAAAAUUGGUACCGAAUUAUUUUUUUAUACGUGUGUCCUCAUAAAAUUAUAAUGUAUUGCACAGCUUUGGUAUAUGUAUAUUCAGUAUGUCAUACUCCCAAGCGAUAUAUUAAAACUGUUUAGACCAAUCGGACACUCAGAUCUCCAUUUUCUGUGAUAAGCAAUUGAACAAGACAGGUUAAAGAAAAAAUAAAAAUAAAUAAUUCAAGAUUAGAUAUUGUUCAAAACAUGAUCUGAAAGCAUUUUUUUCUUGAUUUAGGUGAAAAAUAACCGACUUUUAGAUGUAUAGGCUUAAUAAGAACACAUGUUAAUAUUUACCAACAGUGAAUGGAAGAAUCUGACGCAUUAAUAAGUUAACCAGCCUUCAAAACUCAAAACAAGAUGAAAAUUAUUCAACUAGAUUCAAGAAGAAUUAACAGAUUAAGACGUUAUACUGUAUAUUUGCAGUGAGAAAGUUAGUAGAGGUCAAAACAGAUUUAUUUUGCAUCAAUCAUCAACCCUAUCAAUUAAUUAGGUUCUUAUUGGAGAGAAAUGUUGCCCUGAUUGCCGUUCACCCAAUCUGUAUAGUUUUAUUAAUUUCUCGUCCCCAGCAAAUUGUGUACAUUCAGGUUAUGAUUAAGGUUAUAUUGUCCCUACCAACAUUGAGACCAAACCUACGCCCUUGCUCGGAACCGAUUAGGCCAUUUACGUGGAAAACGCAUCUCUACUUACAGAAUUUUCAAGUUAAGAAACUAUUUCCAGAAGCAAUUAAGUUCGGAAGUAGAGGUACCACUGUACUAUAUGUGUGGUCCGCUUUCAUUUGUUACACUCGAACUUUUGACAUCAUGCCAGUUUCUGUUAGUUUUGAGCGUUGCUUUCACCUUGGGAAGCUAUUAGCCAGCUACCUUAUUGAGCAGCGUUCGUUUUUACCGCUGGACCGGUGCCACUAAUAGCCCAAGAUUUGGACCUUAUUUCCCUCUGUAUUAUUUUGCAACUAUUGAUGUAUGUUUUUGUAAGCAAAUAUGUCUUUAUUGAUUUACCUAAUAGCAUUA